UUUUCCCCAGUUUAAAAACCACUUGAAAACCAAUUAAGUCAGAAUUGUCUUUUGUGGUUAGUUAGAUACUAAAUUUCACUUUGGAUAUCAGUAAAGUAAACUUUUGUACUCUUAUAAAUCUUUGUCUGUGUAUUUCAAAUUUGGAAAUGCACACUAUGAUGAAGAGAGUCCAUACAGCUGUUCUUAAGAGGCCUGUGAGACAAGUGUUCAUCUCCACCCUAAUAAUGUAAUCUUUGAUGACUCGUGACGCCCCAUCAGGUGUUUUUAUAGAUGUUUCUGUCUGAGGUGGUUCCUCUUGGGCAAUAGUGGUCUGGACUAUACAGACACAUCUUGGAUAGAUAGACUAUUACAGAAUGUGUCGCCGUUGCCAGGGGAGAAUUCCUGUGGGCUGGAGACAUUGCAUUAUUUAUUUGUUUAAAGUUCUCGCCGGCUACCCUCCUCCCACAUCAGUGCGCGCUCCUAUUUGGGAUGAAUGUGUACUCUGCAUGGGUUGAGGUUCAGGAACAGAAUGUCUCUGGCAUAGUUGAACAUCUAGAGUGAUGAUCGGCACAACACAUGACUCCCUCCUGCCCCUGACUGCAGUUCUUAAGGGCUGACCAGCAGGGGGAGAGUUUCUUUCAUUCUGGUGGUGUUGUGGAAUCUGGAUUUGAUUCCAUUUAUCUCGCAAGGGUUUUUACACCAUAUUUCGCAGCCUGUUAUCAUAGUCACACGAGGUACAUGCUGCUGAUUAUCUUCAGGAUGGAAGCCGUGAGCUGGAGGGGCAAAGUCAACCAGAUAAUAAGAUAAGGCAUAAGAUCAGGUCAGGAUUCCACUGUUUGCAGACAGGCUGCUCAAUGUUUUUUACGCUUUUUGGAAGCAGGACAGUGACAGCGGGGGAGUUCAAGAAGUUUAUGCUACACUAAACUGCAGUGAGCCUGCCGACAACGGAUACAGAUCUGGUUUCAGCAGUCUGCUUCUUUUGUGGUUAUUCUUGCUUUCUGCUCGUGAUUUAUUUCCACCGUUCUUAGUGACAACAGCAUUGAGAAUACCUCAUCAGUGCACUGCCUUUAUUGGAAUGACAGCCCUGCAUUAUUUAUGCUCCUGUGCUAACGUUUCACCUGCUCGGAGCUUCUGGGAUACUUCGCCAGUGAAAGCUCCUGCCUGGAUGUGAAAUCCAGACGUGCUCUAUAGUGGAUUUAUGUGUGUUUUGACUGCUCAUUUUUAUUUGUGAGAUUCUCGCUCGUAUAUCUAGUCGCCGCUGAUGUUGGAGUGCAAGAGGACAAGCUCCAGAUUGACCUCCAGCUGAGCCCCCUGCAUCCCCCCUCUCUUGUUCCUGGGAUUAGCUUGUCGUCAUUGUUUCUGCCCGUUAAGCAAGAUUAACAAAUCAGUGUGUCAGAUCACCAAACGCUAGCGCCAUGAGCGGGGUUCUCAAAAGGAAGUAUAAGGAGGUGGAGGAGGACCCGUGUUACUCUUCCUCCUCCCCUUCCUCUCUCUCCUCCUCUGCCUACUCGGAGUGGGACUCGGAUGGGGAGAGCUGCUACUCUGACACCCUGGAUUCAACACCCAGCAACCCCAGCUCCCCAGCAACAUCCUUAAACACCACAUCUAUCCUGAAGAAGGCCAAGCGCACACGGCGAGGCAACGUGCAGUUUGACCAGGUUACGGUCUUCUUCUUUCCUCGCUGUCAGGGCUUCACCAGCGUGCCAAGCCGGGGAGGUUGCACCCUUGGCAUGGUGCAGAGGCACAGCGCCCAGUGCUGCUACACGUUAGCGGAGUUUGCCAUAGCACAGCGCCACCUACGGCGAGAGAAAAUCAUAAACCGAUUGAGGGAGGAGAAACUGGAAGCUCUGAAGCUGAAGUUUACCAAAAAUGGUACCCAAGAGUCCGAAGAGGCUGACAGGUUGACUAUCGAUGACAUCCCAGAGGAUGAAAUCGACCUCAGCGGAGUAAACUUGGAUGACGGCUCUUUCCUGCAUCCCUACCCCUCUAAGAGAAGAUACGCCAUCCUCAAAGCCGCUGGCGUGAAGAAAAUCGAUAAAGAUGAGAAGCAUCAACUGCAUGAGUUGCGUGCAUCGAGAGAAGACUGCGGAUGCGACUGCCAGGGCUUCUGUGAGCCGGAGAGCUGCAGCUGUAGUUUGGCUGGGAUCAAAUGUCAGAUGGACCAUUCAUCCUUCCCAUGUGGCUGCACUAAAGAUGGCUGUGGGAACACAGAAGGCCGCAUCGAGUUCAACUCCAGCCGAGUUCAGACCCACUACAUCCACACUAUCAUGAAGCUAGAGCUAGAGAAGCGUUUGGAGGAGCACACGCCAGAGAAUGAGACACCCUCUGAAGAUCAGCCAGACUGCAGUUCCCCAAGCCACCCAGCAGAGAGCAGCACCACGCCAGACAGACCCACGUUUCACUUCAACUCGGAGCUAGUAGCUGCGGGAGAGAACAGCUGUUGCAGCGACAUGACCGAUUCGUCUAGUUCUUCAGGCCAGAGCGAGGACUCAGAAUCCACGGAAAAUGCUCAGAGCGAGCAGUCGCCGCUAGACGUCGACGAAAACGGACUUACGAGAAUCCUAAGCUUUAGCGACACAGACAAUGAGGACUGUUCUGUCAGGGAGCGCAACAACAACAACAACUGCGACUACCAGCGGAAAAAGAGCGAGUUAAUGGGCUACGGCAUCUUUAGCACGACAGACAACACGACGGACAACAGCCGCACAGCCAUGUCUGAGCUCUUAGACGAGAACGCUAAUCAAGGUAACGCCCUAUUCCACAGCACCUCCGUCCCCCACACGCCCUCGCCCUCCAUCGAUCACUCGGCCAGCUACAUGGACCUGAGCCUGUCAUCCGAAUCAGACCUGGAGUUCUUUGACAGCUUUCCUUGUCUUGGACCGAGCUCGUUGUACAACUCCUUAAAGGAGUACGAACACAUGGACACCUUCUUUCAGUUCCAGUUGCCUACUUACCCCAGCCUUCCGCAGGCCGCCGACCCAGGCACGUGUCUCCUGGAGUCUCUGAUCGGCUUGACGGAUUCUGUCCCAGAACCUCCGGCCACCUUCACGGACAAUCAAAUGCUAGAAGAUGCCAUGAAGCUGUCAGUGAUGGAGUCUGUAAAAGUCUAAUGGGGGCUCCUGUAGGAUCACUGUACAAAUGAACUAGGGGAUUGUAAAUGAAUGCUAUACGUUUUGUUUUUCUUUACUUUAUGAAUGGAGACCCUCCAUCCCAGGAUAUCAAUACUUGCAUUAUCUGCCUUUAAGAUGUUAGCAGAGCAUUAAGUUAUUAUAACAAUCUUUAUUAUCAUUAUUGCCAUUGCUGUGGCAGCUAACAUUUCAGUUCAAAAACAAGUCUGGCCGACUGAUUUUUGAAUAUUUGUACAUAUGGCCAGGAAGGUGAAGAACGUCUCACCCACAUUGGAGGUAUUAUCAACAUUUACCAUUAUUAUUAUUGCUAUUAUAAGGUUAUUUAUAUAAAUUCAGAAGGUGCACCAGUGGGAGUCAUAAUGCUGAUUAUGUAUCUCAGGGACUUUUUCUAGCUUUCAGAAGCAAUGCAUUUUGACCAUCGCUGUUAUUUGGCGUUUUUUCAGAGAAUUUUCACCAAAACAAACAGCAUUUAAACGACCCCUUUUGGAGGGGUCUCUUUUUGGACUUGAGAUGGUGGUCUGUACUUUUUUUUGCAAAGCUAGAGGAAGACUCCUGUUCCACAAAACGGGUCCUUGGGAUUUUCUAACGGUACACAAAUCCCCCAGAGGCUCCUCAGUUAGCACUUUAUCUGUGAUAAAAAUGAACCAAUCAGAGCGCAGAUGGGUCAGUGUCACGUCGGCCCCGUCACCUCUGAAUCUAAGAUUGUUUUCAUGCCAUUUUAUGGUGUUGGAUCAUCAGCACAAGGUGGAGAAAAGUGAACGUUUUCCUUUUAAUUUAUUCUACACGCCGCAGAUAUCUCAUAAUGUAACUGUGAUAUCUGUCGACCAUUAUUUCAAAUUGCUUUUAUUUAUUCUUACCAAGUUAUUUAUUUUUUUUUCUCCGAAUGCCAGCUGAAUAUUAUCUGAGCCACACUGUGCUCGGGAGAAGUGGAAAUAAUGCAGCUUGUUCACGUUUCUCACCUACAUUAACCUGUGUGAAGCACAUCUUUAUGUUUCAGCUGUGGAGCAAGGGGCACCAACAUUAUUAAAGUAUUUAAUAAUCUAUUCUGUUACUAUGAAGUAACACUUUUGGUUAAGUUAUUUCACGUUUAGCAUUUCAGCAUUAGAACUUAAUUUAUUCAUGGUUUGGGCAAUAAAGAGAAAGGUGUGUUUAACAAAAGAAAAGAUUAGUCUUUGUGCCUGUUAACACGAGGAGCCGCUGUUUCCUGUUUAAUGAAUGAGAUGAUGCUGUAUAACCUACCUAUUGAUUAAAAAUCAGAUUCCGAUGACAUUGCCUAUGAUAUAGAGAAUUAACAUUUUGUACUUUGUAGGUUUGAGAGAAUUCUAAUCUGUUUAUUGACAAAUUAUUUUAUUAAGAAAUGAAAUCCACAUUGUUCUUCAAAUAUUGAAACAUUUGUAAUAUAUUAAUAGAGCUAAAUCUAUGCUUGAAAAAUGUAUUCUGGCCAGGCAUAAAGUGGGGGUUUACUUACGAUGUAACUACCUAAACAAAUUUACCAAGCUCAAUUUGAUUGUACUCUUACUAGUUGGGUGAACACAACUGACAAUGUGAAUUGUGGGUAUAAAUUUAGUAGUUUCAAAAACAUUUUGUUGAUAAAACCUGCAUAUAUUAUGCAACGUGUAUCAUAUUAUGCAAAUUUGUUUUGCCCAUAUAGUUUCCACUUCACAGUGAAGACAUUUAAGUUUGUAUGUUUCUGAAUGAGUUUUGAGGAAAUGAAUCGAUGUACAUAUCUGUCCAUCCAGACUUCUGCUGUCGGCGCAGAACUAUUUGACCCGAUAGGAGCAUUUGCAUGCAAGACCCAUUCAUUUGUCUCAGUACUACAUGCGUUUAGAGCAAAAACUGCACAAUCGGAAAUGUAUUUGCUUUAUUUUUGCCUUCACAUGCUGUUCUUGAAGCUAAUAGCUUCAUUCGAGUCCAGCUUAUUAUUCCCUUGUAAAGAUGUAUCACCUCAUCACGAUGAAAUUGAAAUGAUUGGUAUUUAUUAGUCACGAUUGAUGUAUGUUUUGAGCUCUGAUGCUUUUCAAAGUGUUUCUUACUUCUGCCUUUUUUGUUGUAUAUAUUUUCUGCUUCAAUGAAACUGAAGACAAAACCAAGCAGUUAUUUUAUAUUAUAUAUUUUCACGCUUAACAGUUUAAAGCUGUUCAUUUCAUUCAAGUCAUUUGCAGUAGUUUGUCCCUUCAAAAUAAAAGUCAAGCUUUUUCUUAUA